UCGUGCGAGGUGCGAGGUUCGCGCAAGCUCGCGUGCUCGUCGUCGCCCCGCUCGUACUCGUGCUCGUUGCCGCCGCCACCCUCGAGAAAGACAGACGGACAAACCUUCUCUCAACCCGCGCGACAGAAGAGGUCGAUCCGGUUUAUCUCGUCGAGACAAACGUCGUUCGCUCGUCCGAGUUUGAAAAGAGGAGAUUAAGCCAAGGACGGGAGACGACCAUGCCGGAGGAUGAGCAGGACACGCAGUCGGAAUCCUGGUACGCGAGAUAGUGGAGGACAAUCAUCUGACGAAUGAUAGCGGCGAGCAGUCAUCUCGGUGCGAUUAGCAGCUUAAUUGAUCAGGCUCUGCUUGUAAGAUUUAUCGGAUUUAGCAUUCGCAACAAUGGGCUGGGCUAUCACCGGUCUCGGAGUAGUUUUGGUCAUCGUCAUCGCUGCCGGAGCUACACUUGUUCUUUGCAGAAGAUAUUGCAUCGGAUGGCAAUUUGGCACGAGGAAUGUCUGGAGCGUCUGCGAGGAAUGGAGACAGAGGCUUUCUUGGCUUUGGGCACCGCGGGAGGAAAAGGUGGGAUUGGUGAAGGCUCAGCAUCCGACCGCCCAGACAAUACCAGGCCUAUAUCGUCAAACUGGGAAUACCUCUCAACAUCUCCUGCAUAGCGAUAGCGACCUCCGGCUAGAUGCGCAAGGCGCCUUUACCAGAUUUGAGGCUGUCGACAGGGAUUUACAUCCGCCCCUCGGCAACAGCACGAUACCGCCACAACCGCUACGACCAGCUCCUCAACCACGACCGACCGCUCGUCCGAGGCCGUCGCCACUUCAGACGCCGAGCACCGUCGACUACCUGAAGAUGCACGAGGCCGGUCCGGGUCCGCUGACGCCGCCGCCGUCGUUGCAGAGAGGAUCGAUACGAUCGAGAGCCACCGGUCCGUCCGUGUUUCUCUUUCAGAGCGAGCCACCGAAGAAUCACGGCCCCUUCCCGCCGUCGAUCGAACAUUCCGCCUUCUUGUUCGACGAUCCGAAAACGAUAGCAGAAAACAUUCAGAUGACGCCUUAUACCGAACAAAACCAUGUGGAUUCCAGAUCUAUCAGACAAUUUGAGCAUCCUUCCAAAGAUCCGGCGCGGCUUAGGUACGGGAUGAACCAUUCCUUAGACAGCCGCUUGGACAGCGAGGAUGUCAAUCGGAAUUACGGCGACUACGAAAUCGUCCAGAGGAAUCAUGUCGUGCGGUCAUACGCGAGGACUGACUCGAGAGGGUUACCGAAUAGCUUGAGCGCGACAAAUUCGUCAAAUGCAGCCAGUCAGAUGAUCAUGGAAUCGAUAUACGGACCUCAAACCGUAUCCAAGAUGCUUCAGAACAGCGACGAGCUAAACCGCGAUCACAAUCGGAAAAACAGCGACAUGCAGAAUAUCGAGAUGACUCCGUUCAAAAGCACCGUUUCUGAUCAUCAGGAGGAUGUCGAUCCGUACAUCUUUCACGGCGCUUUAUCCAAGUCGCAAGACCUCCAACGAGUCUCGCAGUAUAUUCAAAGUCUGCCCGAUUUUCCCGUCUACGAGCCCGUGAACGAACUCCAAGCCUAUUCGAGUCGGGAAUCGAUAUUGUUCGCGAACGCGAUGCAGGGAUCGAUCGAAGACGAGACGAAGAUCACGAGCGAAUCGGCCUCGAGUCCGAUACCGCCGCCACCCGCGCCACCAGAUCCACCGCAGGAGAUCCCUAAGAAGAGCAGCCCGACCACCGGCGAGAGAAUCUUCAGCGCGCUCAAAUCCGUCACCACGCAGAGUUACAUAGAUGCUUCGGAGUUUUAUAAUUCGGUGCUUUCCUCGGCGCAACAAAUACAGCGGCUUACGUUCCCGCCGUUCGUAAACGAUAACACCGGAGAUAAUUUACAGGAUGCUGAAUACUUGCAAGAUAUGCGGGAUAUUUAUGCGGAAACCGAUCCGGAUGUGACCGGUCCGGAUGGUUCGAGACGGAGUUCCGAUCUUUAUAGUCCUGAACUAAAUCUGGAAGCUCACAGAACAGCGCAAGAAGUAUACAAUAGUUUACAAGAUCCACCGUCGUCUCCUUUGUUGGUUAAAGAGAACAAUCAUGAGUCUUAUACUUAUUUAUCAGAUCCGAGUUUCACCCGAACGUCGGAGGAUAUUUUCAACAGCCUCGAACAACGACGUAAAAGUAUAGAAAGAUUAAACGGCAUUCACGAAUAUGUAGAAUUUGAUGUUGCCGAUCCAUCGAGGAGACGGAAUAGCCAAGAACUCUACGCCUUAGAAGAGGUGCAACCAAAGAGACGACUUUCGCAAAAUCUGGAGGAGUCAUAUCUAGGUUACGCGAUGAACGAUUACACUAGAUUGGGAAAUCGUCGAGGUUCACUCGGUCCCGAGCCGGAACCACCGCCUGACGAAUCUACCUUAAAGAGAGCGAUCAGUUGCGAGAGCGUAUGUUCCGACACUAGCGUGAGUCUGAACGAUCUCGAAGAAGCACCCAUUGUAGGCCACAUCUGCGUCGGACUCGAACAUGAAAGAUGGGGUGGUCGCGGAAGCGACUGCGAGGGCGAUUUGGUUGUGAGCAUCUUGGAGGCCAGGGAUCUCGUUGCUGUCGAUGAUACUCCAGCGCAAGAUACUUUUGUUAGAGUAUGUCUUUUACCCGACAGGCAGACCCACGUACAAACGAGGAUUUACAGGGUAUGUCCAUCGCCUAGUUAUCAGGAAAAAUUCCUAUUUCCCCUCGAUGGCGGUCCGGCAGGCAAGACACUUCUCGUUGAGGUGUUUUCUGAUGAAUCUAGUAUCGGCGGUGGCGCAUCGUUAAUCGGUGAAGCCAGUUUAAAGCUCGGGCCUGUGGGGAGGCCACCAGCUACAACGUGGCUACCGCUCAGUGGACCUGCCUUACCCACUCCGCAUCUAGGAGAGCUGAUGUUCUCUCUCAGUUACUUGCCAACGGCAGAGAGACUCACCCUUGUAGUAGUUAAAGCUCGCAACUUGCGCGGCGCGAAUUCAACUCCGGGUGAUUUCUUCGUUAAGGUAUAUCUACUUCAACAAGGAAAAAAGAUGCAUAAAAAGAAAACGUCCGUAAAGAAAGGCGAGAAGAGUCCAAUCUUCAACGAAGCGAUAAUAUUUAGCAUGCCAGCGCACUCUUUACAGACUAUACAACUGAGAUUGACGGUGGCGGAAUUGAACGGCGACCAUAGUACGAAUCCAAAGGCGUACUCUAUCGGCCACAUCAUCAUAGGAUCUACCUCGACGGGAAAAGCGCUGGCGCAUUGGAGACAAAUGUUGGCGGCCUUGCGGCGUCCGGUCGCCAUGUGGCAUCCACUCAGAAAGUAGAAACGGAAUCGUCGCGUUCGCGGGACGAGAGCGAAAGGAUGACCGGAGCGGCGGAAAGCAGAGUCUUAAAGUAUUACUUUUCGCGCGCGCGUGUACCAUCUCGUAUAAAAUUUUGUGUCAUGCCCGCGUUCUUUGAUGUAUUUAUGCGUGUCCGGAAGAGAUAUACGCGUAUUUGUAUAAUCUAAACGUAAAAUAAGAAACGAUCUCUCACACACACGCAGAGAUGUGUGAUGUCAUAAGCAUCCUAUUUAUCUAGUACGUUAACGUUCAGACGAACGGUCGUUCAGAUCACUGUGGGUGAUAAAUGUGCGAUAUCGUUUAACAAAGAAAUUUAUAAUUGAUACGGAAUCUUACUGCACGUCGCGAGAGCCGAUAUUACUUAUCUUAAUUCUCCAGUUUGUCGAAAAUGAACUCGUCAAGUGCAAAUUUUGCGCUUACAUCAUUAUCCGAAAAAUCAUGCAAACUGCAAUCGAUUAAGUAGCAAAAUUAAAUCUUUCUUCUAAAAGGAUAGAUAGAACUGGAGGAAUUUGAUGCGACCGACUGAUGAAAUACGACAUAAAAUUUCUAGUAAUGUGUUCUGUUACAUAUCUCUCUCGAAGCAAUUAACUCUUUGAAGCAAUUACUUUUUGCAUUUUAUGGAUCUCUUUUUUAGAGAUAUUUUAAUUGCAAAUUUUCAUCUUAGGAAUCACUCACAUAAACAAACUACGAACGUACGACGCCACGCGACUUGAAAAUCAAUCACAUAAUUGUUAGUAAAUCAUUUUCCUGCAAUUCAUUUAUCAUUAUCAUUGCUGCAAUUCAUUUAUCACUAUCAUGAAAACAUUGGUUUUUUAUUUUCUUGGAGUGAUAGACAAAUUUUGAGUUCUUUUCGAUAUUAUCCAUAAUAUCACCUUCCUUGCGUCAUACAUAUGAUUGAAUAAUUAUCAUCCAUAAAACAAUACGAUUGCGCACGGUUACUACGCGAUGAUUAUCGCCGCAAAUAAAAACGAUAAGAAUGUAUUUUUUCACAUAUGUGCGUUAAUUCUAAUCGCACGAUCGAUUACGAUCUAUUCCAUGACAAGAUAAUCUACGCGAAAAAUCGAAGCCCAAUUACAACAUUCGAUGGUGUCGGAACUAUCUUGAGAGAUUGGCAGUUUUUGCAAUAGAUAUGACAAUUCUGCAUUCGUGAAAAGUAAGAUAAACACGAUUUAUGUAAUUGCCAUAGCUCCCUAUAUAAAUGUAUUGAUUUUUAGGCAAUUAUAUGUCGCCUUUUAAGAACUAAGGGUCACAAUUUUUGACUAUCAUUAGAAUUUAACUAGAUUAGAUAUAAGAGAGAAAUAUCGUAAAAUUAGCAUGUAAGGGAAAACUCUGUAGACCUCUCUCUCUCUUUUAUAAUUAUCUUACAAAAAAUUCCGUCACUAUAUGUGAUAGUGACCCAUAUAGGGACGUAUGUGUCUGCUCCUUCGCGAUUUAUAAUUUGAGAAUUUAUUCAACGUUUCUUAAAUUUAUUAUAACAGAUAACAGCAGAAUUUAAGUGCAUUUUUCUUGCUAGGAUUCAACGAUAAUAAAAAUGAACGUUAUUUGCUCUAUAAAAUUAGACGAAUUAGAAAUGAAAUUGAUCAAAAUGAUUUUGUGAUGCACAGAGUUCUUAAAUUUUAGGGUUGAUCUAACUUGAGAAUCUUGUGUUGAAGUUAUUCCUUUCUAUUUUAAUUCUUCUAAUAGAAUUAAAAUAGCUAAUUUUUUAUAUAGAAAUUAUUAUACUUAGCCCAGUGAAAUAUUUCCAAUUCCAUUUUGAACAGUUAUCUCGAUUGUCAGAAAUAUAAAAUAUUAGUUUUCACAGAUUAGAAAGAAAUGAAAAAAAAUUUACUUUUGAAAUAAUUCCAAAUCUUGAAGAUUAAAAAUUUAAUUACGCAAAAUAAAUUUCUGUGAGUUUCUUUUAAUUCUCUGUUGUUUAUAAAGUGCGAUUGAAACCAUCGGAGUUCAAGUUCUUCAGAUACACAGUUCCGACACCCUCGAUCGAAUCCGUGACAUUCGAUCACUACUAAAAAAAAAAAAAAAAA